UAAUAUUGACAUUAGUUUUGCUUCAAGUCAAGCAAGCUGAGACUAAAAUUAAGUUUUCAUUAAUGUGCUUAUUGACCAAGUACUAAAAAUGAUUACUAUGGUUAGAAACAUGGUUAUGCCUACGCAUCAAUUAAUAAAUAAUUAUCACAGCUUAAAUAUUUCUGUAAAGGUUAGGACGAUGAUACGAUUUAACAGUACAGUGGCCAAUGCUCUUCGGGCUCAGCAGAGAGUUAGGCCUAAAAAAGAACACGGCCAGGUUUUCAAAUGGAUAUUAUUGAUGCUUCCAGUCGGCUCAUUUGGUUUAGGUUGCUGGCAAGUGUACCGACUUCAAUGGAAACUUGGGCUUAUUGAAAUGAUGCAAUCUAAAACCAAUGCAACACCUGUACCCAUGCCCAGCGACUAUUCCAAACUGGACAAUAUGGAAUACAUGCCUGUAAAAGUCAAAGGUCAAUUUCUUCAUGAUAAAGAAAUUCUUAUUGGACCAAGAGCACUGAUUGAGCCAGAUUCACCUUUCCCAAGAACAGGAUCCUUAGUGUCGGACCCCAAACGGAAUCAAGGAUGGUUGGUAAUAACUCCAUUCAAGAUGGCUGAAACAGGAGAGAUAAUACUAAUCAACCGCGGCUGGGUUCAUCAAAAUCUACGAGCUAAAGAAAAACGAGAACCAUCUAUGGUGAAGGGAGACGUUGAGAUAGUUGGCGUCGUGCGAUUAACAGAAAAACGGGCACCAUUUAUGCCAAAGAACAAUCCAGAAAAGGGCUCAUGGUUUUGUAGAGACCUGGAACAAAUGAGUGAGUACCUGGGGUGUGCUCCCGUUUGGCUGGAUGCUCGAGGUAUACCAGAUCCGCCAGAAGGUUGGCCUAUCCCUAAUCAGACAAGAGUGACUUUGAGGAAUGAGCAUCUUUCUUAUGUUGUGACUUGGUAUUCAUUAUCAUUAGCAACGGCAUUUAUGUGGCACCGAAGUUUUAUUAGGAAAUUACCUUUACUGUAAAUGUUAUGUUUAGUUAAGUCAAAUGUAUUUUUAGUUAUGUAUGAGAUUUGCAGUUAUGUGUCAGUUCAUGGAAAAAAAUCUAGUCCUAUAACACACGGCGAUUAUAAUAGCAGUAUCAUAGUGAAUGUGCAUUAGUUAAAAAUUACACUUUUAACAAUGAAAUAUCUCUGUUGCAACUAAAUGGUCCUUUUGAGGCUGCUCCUUCCAUUACCGCUGUUCUAAAAUAUUGAUAGAUAUUUGAUUUAUUUUUAUUCUUGGGUACCUAGCACUGUAAUUUAUUUUCCAAAAUAUAUUAUGUGACCUUAUAAAACAUUUUUUACCAUGUAAAGGCACCAUAACAAAAGAACCACACAUAAUGCAUUUAACUCGUCGAGUACCGGUUUUGCAGACACAAUUAUAGAACAAUAGGUUGCGGUCACCGGUGACCGCUUGGUAUUUGACAGUUUAAACUGAACUUACGUUGAUACAUACAGUUGAUACAAAAACCUAAAAUUCGAUUUUGUGUAUGUUAUGUCGUAACUGUAAUUUUAUAUAUACAUAGUUAGAUAGUCAUAAAUUGUAUAAUAGUACUUUUUAAUUGUUUAGUCAGAUGUUAACUAGAGAAUUAAUAAAAAUAUUU